AUGGCAUCAUCGGCAAUGGAGGCUGUUUUUGAGGGGCGACUGCAGAAGCUGGAGCUGCAGUUGCGCCGCUACGCAGGCGCCUACAAUGCACAGCGGGAGUUGCUGCUUCAGCUCCACACACAACUGCAGGCAGCGGAGACAGCCGACGGUGCGGUGCUCGACAGGGGAGGGGCAGGCACGGUAGCCCACCCAGAGAGGGGCGAGGGGCGGGGGGCGCAGAUGCCCGCAGGUGUGCGUGGUCUUCUGCAGGAGGACGCCUUUCGCCGGCGCCUGACGCAACUUCUGCGGGACCCGUUGGGACCGCCGCAGGAGGCGGCCACGGCUGCAGUGGCGACCCCAUCUAACAUGCACAGUGAGGACGCCAGUGAUGAUGAUUUGUGGCGGCGGCACGGCGAGGUGGAGGACGGGGCACCACAGCGAGAGGUUGAGGAGGCGAAUUGGUGUGCCAGCCGUCGUCGUGGCCACGACGACGAGGACUGUGAUGAUGCUGAUGACGGUGGUGGGGUGUCACAGCGGGCCUCACGAUUGCCCGCGGCAGAACGGGGAGCAACGGCGGUGACGGCGGAGCAACUCACCGCAUCGCUUGCGCUCACCGCAUCGGACGCCGCGGCGCGCUUUCUGGAAAUGAUGCGCCGGCUGUGGUCAGCGUACUUUGCCCACCUGCACGCUGAGGUGCGUGGAGCGCUGCGGGGGGUGGACGACGCCUUUGCCUGCUUCGACGCGGACCCGUCCGAGGAUACCCUCGUGGAAUUCCUUGAGGCGCACCAGCAACUGCAGCCGCUCCUGCGUCGCAUUUUAGGGAUACCGGAGACUGCGGACGCAGCGGCCGUGCUGCCGCCCGGGAAUCCGUUUGAGCCGGAGGGGGCCGUCGUGCAGCAGCUCUCGCUCUGCAUCGCAGAGGCGGUGUCUCCACUGCUAACAGUGGCGCUAUGCGGCGGCGUGGGCCACGAAGGCGCAGUACUGCGGCAGUCUUUACCAGAGAAGCAGCGUGGUGAGCCGACGCAGCGGAAGCGACUUCAUGAACACCGUGCCCACACAGCGGCAGCAACCGCACUGCCGCCUUUUCACCCCUUGCGGCAGAGCAGGCAUGCGUGGCGGGAGGAGCGUGCAGGUAGUCACUGCGGCAGCAGCAGCGACAGCGACAGGAGGGGCAGCAGUGGGGAACGCCCUGUACAUGCGUUAGAUGUUACCGCCAGGGGAACGGCAAAUUAUGAACCAUCACCACCACCACUACAACCACAACGGCGACAACCCAACGACAGUUCACAAAUAGAAGUGGCACUGUUUAGCCGCAGCAUCUCUUCUGAGAGCUUCGGGAACGCUGGCGGUGUGCGCGGGUCCGUGGGAGCUCCUGCGGCUGCGGCUGCUGCCUCCACUGCAACAGGCGAGGAUGAAAUGGGGGAUGUGGCACUCUCGAAGCAUCCCAGCACCCAGCUGCGGUCCCUGCGAAUGCAGGAGGGAAGGCUUGCCUUUGCGCUAAUCAACACCGCGGCACAACGACUCGAUCACGGCUGUGAGGCCAAGUGCUACGCCAUCAACAAACAACUCGCCCGCGUACGCAGUGCUAUUCUGCGCACGGAGCGCGAAGUGAAUGAACUCCAGCGCAUCGAAGAGGAAAAGGAGGCGCUGCGCAAAGAGCGUGCAGCCCGUCAGCAACGACUGCUCCUCCACUGA